UCAAAAUUUCGCCCCACCCCCUUCCGCCCACACAAAGGACGAAAAUCUGUUGCAUCCACAAUAUUGCACAUUCGAGUGCACCAGCGCCACCAUCAAGGAGGGUCGAGAGAAAACCCGUGGCUGGUUCAGCAGGGUCUGACCCUGCCCAUGGCCGUGCGGGCCGCCUUCCGGUGGCUCCAGCUGAAUGCCCUGGACCAGGUGGGCCUCUUCCGGAAGAGCGGCGGCAAGUCGAGGAUCAUCAAGCUGCGCGAGCAGAUCGAAGUGAGCGACUCGACAGCCGAGUGCAUGGAUGUGUUCGAUCUGCAGCAGGCCUACGACGUGGCACACAUGCUCAAGCAGUACUUCCGCGAACUUCCCGAAUCUCUGCUAAUGACCAAGAUGUCCGAGACAUUUGUGGCAAUCUUUCAGCAUCUGCCAGCGGAUCAGUGUGCCGUGCUCCUGCUGCCCGAUGAGAACAGGGAGAUCCUGUACGUCCUGCUCGAGUUCCUCACCAUUGUAGCCGGAAACUCGUGCCAGAACCAAAUGACCAGCAACAAUCUGGGCGUGUGUCUGGCCCAGUUCAUCUUCCACUCGUCCAUUUCCACCGGAUCGGCCUCGGUCUCCGCCUCACCCCGCCGCAAGGGCAAGGGCACCGGCAUGCCAGACAUGAAGGAGCUGGCCGAGGCGAAGGCCUCGCACGAGUGCCUCUCCUUCAUGAUCGAGCACUACAAGCAGAUCUACACAGCCGGCAAGGAGAAGCUGGCCAAAUGCAACUUCAGCUACAUGGAGGAGUCAAAGCCGGUGCCCCUGGAGGCCCUCGGUGAGGGCAUGCAGUUCCACAACUGGCGGGGCUACCUCUACGAGUGCACCAGCGCCACCAUCAAGGAGGGUCGAGAGAAAACCCGUGGCUGGUUCAGCAUCAACUCCCCGAAUGACAGCAGUGUGGACAUCGCCUACAAGAAGGUGGGCGAUGGCCAUCCCCUGCGCCUGUGGCGUUGUUCCACGGAAAUCGAGGGACCACCGCGAGAGGUGCUCGAGUACGUGAUCAAGCAACGCGCCUCCUGGGACAUAAAUCUGCUGCAGUGCCAGACAGUCAAGAAGUUGGACGAUCGCACGGAGAUCUAUCAAUACGCCCUCGAUGGGCAGCUAACAACCGACUUUUGUGUCUUGCGUUCCUGGCAAACGGAUCUGCCACGUGGUGCCUGUGUCAUUGUGGAGACCUCCAUUGACAAUGCCAAGGCCAAGCCCUUGUAUGGAGCUGUGCGCGGCGUGGUCCUUGCCUCUCGCUAUCUCAUCGAGCCCUGUGGCAGUGGCAGAUCUAGAGUAAUGCAUUUGGCCAGAGUGGAUGUCAAGGGUAAAACACCUGAGUGGUACAACAAGAACUACGGACACAUUUGCUCCCACUACCUGUCCCGCAUACGCCUGGCGUUCAAGCAAGUGGCCGAUGGACCCGAGAGCACGGAGAGCGUGAAUUAUUUCUGGAAAAAAUGGAAAAACCUUAAGGAAAGAACCUUAAAACGUGUAAAGCAAAUUCAAACUAGUCAAAUUUUAUAAAUUUAAGUUAAACUACUACUAACCCCAAAUACACUCACAUUAAGCGAAGGUCUUUGCCACUCAAUAGUUUUGUCCAGAGUUAAUGAUUGAUUGAUUGAUUUAAAACGAUAGAAUACA